GGGUAGUGAGAGAUUGAGGGAAGAAAAAGAGAGAGGGGAAGAUCAAAGCGCCUCGUAAAUGCUGUAGAAAUUCUAAUCAUAGUAUGUCAUUGAUGUUGUGACGUGUUAUAUUUUUUUAACAAAGUACUGGGUGAGGCGUGUGGUGCGAAGAGAGGAAAAGACGGCGAAUAAAACAGUAAAAGAAAAUGAUGCAAGAUGAAGAUUUGAGUGGUCCAUCCAGACGGAAUGUUUUUAGUCAAGGGAUAACAAGAGUAUCACAGAUAUAUCAAAGAUACUUGGAUCUAUGGACACCUCAUAUAAUGUCAAGAUGGAUAUUUGCUAUAUUUCUAUUAGCCCUUUUUUUUCUACGUAUAUUUAUCUCACAAGGAUGGUAUGUCGUGACAUAUGCAUUAGGAAUUUAUCACCUCAAUUUAUUCAUAGCAUUCCUCACACCAAAAAUUGAUCCUGCCAUGGAUUUUGAUGAUGGAGAAGGUCCCGAAUUACCUACAAGAUCUAACGAGGAGUUUAGACCAUUCAUCAGAAGAUUACCUGAAUUCAAAUUUUGGUACUCAAUGAUGAAAUCUACAGUUGUUGCUAUGAUAUGCACGUUAUUUGACUGUUUUAACGUACCAGUAUUCUGGCCGAUACUCGUGCUGUAUUUCAUAAUGCUAUUCAUCAUUACAAUGAAACGACAGAUAGUGCAUAUGGUUAAGUACAAAUAUCUGCCUUUUACUCAUGGCAAACCAAAAUAUCAAAACCAUGAGGAUACUUCACGGUUGGUACCAUCGAAAUGAAUAGAAAUAAAAAAUACAUUUGCCAGUGGAGACACGUAUACGUGUAAAUUUAAAUUUCUCUCAAUAAAGAACGUAAGAAGACAAAAUAAAACCUGAAGAAAUUCUUAACGUUAUAAAAGAAGGAAGACAUUGCCUUGUACAAGAAAAAUUGAGGCGUAUAAUAACUCUAAAUUAUGUAACACACAAUACAUGAACCGAAUAAUCUUAAUAUAUUUGUAUCAUAAAACUUGUACAAAGUAUUGUUAGUUCUUAUAUUAAAAAAAAGGAUAAACUAUAUAGACACACAAUAACAAUAUGGGAUAGUACACAGUUGUCAAUGUAGCAUGGUGAAGCUAUUAGAUAAAUGUAAGAAAUUCGUAUACACGUAAGAAUCCGUUGAUAUAAUUCGUUUUUUAACUCUAGACAAUAUGAUUUUCUGACAUUACAUUCCAUGUGAUCUGCUUACGCCAAAAUAAGCAGCUAUUGCGUGUCAUUUAAAUUUGAUUCAUAUUUUUAUAGCCCUAGACGAGAAGCAUUGAAACAUAGCAUAUCUCGCUGUCUAUCAUUUCUCUUAAUUUGUUAGUGUUGCAUAUUACUUUAAAUAAUAGAAGUGAAAUUGUAAAAUAUAAAAUAUAAGAUCAAUCUUUGAUACUGUGUCAA